GGUUCACUUUGUCAGCUUCUCUACAUAACGCUAUUUGUUUGGACUCUUGCAAAUUAGACUUCUCGCGCUACCUUGAAGUAUAAUCCAAAUACACUUUGCUAGCUUUUGACAUGGCUGAAACUCCCAAUCUCGACUUCCUCCAGGAACCAAUGAACCUACCCUUCCCCGCAGUCACAAAACAAGCCGCUGGAGUUGUCAACGGUAUCCCCACUGAUGUCAUGCUUGUCAAAUUCAGUGACAAGAUUAUGGUGACUAUCUCUCAGAAAGGCCGACUCGGUCACUGGCUUCACGUCCCAUUGGAGAACAAGAAUCCCGGAACAGAAGGUUUCCACAGCAUCCCUGAUUCAUCCGAUGACAGUCUUCUUCCGAUUAGCAACUUGACCGCUACGUCAAUCCUAGGAGGUCGAGCUCCGGGCCACGAGAUUGUUGGUCAGUUGUACGCUCGUCAGAUCGCGAGUGCCAUUGUCACCAAGACGCCGGAUGAGAAGCGGUUGCUUGUUCUUGGCCUUGGGCUCGAGACUACCAACGCUGAUCGGGAUGUCUUCUUUGCUAUCAUUGAUUUGGUGCUUCAAUGCGUCUGAACGGUGAAGAGAAGAAGCAGGUCGACGGCGGCAUCUGCUAAGCCAAACUGAACCUAUGACCGUCCCACAUGGCUUAUACCUACCAAGGUGCCUUGGAAUCUCGGGUGGAGAACAAGCUGUGAAUAUGGUCACUUUAUCAAGCAUCUUGAACUGUGAUUCAUUCGACACCCAGCAGCUAGAGCUGGUCAGGGUCAAUGGACCAUCAAAGGGCUUGGGCCAGCAUACGUACGAUAACCGAGCUCGCGAGUCUGGUCCUUGAGGUGCUAAGGGAAGUCUGAAUUCGCAGAAUGGCCCGCGAUUGGUGGUCGAUCUAAUAAGAUAGUAUAUUCCUGGAGGAACGAGCUACAGAUAUCGACUCUGAGGAAGCAUUUGUCAUACUGCUGAGGAAGCAGUAUGGUUUGACAUUGGGUGUAGUGAUAUCGAUAUUCUGAAGCGAUUGUGCCUGCGUUCUCGGUGCAGCUUAACAAGGACAUUAUGGGACUUCGGCUUG